AUGAGCCAGUCACGGUUAUUCAUUCAAGCAUCUGAUAAGUUAACUCACACCGAAAUGACAAAAUCCUCUCCUCUAGGUAAAAUUAACAAUUGUAUAGUUCAAUAUGUCUCUUCCAUCAAAUUUGGUGGACCAGAUCAUAUGAGAAGAUGUAAUUUCUUUAGAUGGGAUUCUCCAAAUGAGAAUGAAAAUGAUGUGAACGAACAAUCGUUUUUAGCUCGAAAUAGGAAUGAGAUACCUUACGUCAGUAACGUCAUAUUAUUAGUAAACUUAGAUCGGGUUCAAUUUGGUAAAUUUUACUUGAAAAUUGUCAAAUAA